AUGCACCACACUGACACAAUACCUGCGACCUAUAUGCCAUUGCCAUUCAUUGCGACUUCCGGCCCCAGCGGCACAUAUCCACAGCGCGCAUACCGCAACCCUCUCGACUCUCUCGUGAAGUUCCUCGACUCCAAGCAUGGCGACGACUGGGCGAUAUGGGAGUUCCGCGCCGAAGGGACGGGCUACCCAGACUCGGAAGUCUACGACCGGGUCUACCAUUAUCCGUUCCCCGACCACCACCCGCCGCCGUUCGCGCUGAUACCGAACAUCAUGGCCAGCAUGCGCAACUGGCUGCACGAGAAGAAGGGCCGAGUAGUGGUCGUUCACUGCAAAGCUGGGAAGGGGCGAUCAGGAACGGCCAGCUGUAGCUACCUGAUCAGCGAGGAAGGCUGGCCGGUGCACAAGGCCCUGCAGCGCUUCACCGAACGGCGCAUGCGGCCAAACAUGGGCAAAGGAGUCAGCAUACCUAGUCAGCUGCGGUGGAUCGGCUAUGUCGACCGCUGGGCCAAACACGGCAAACUCUACGUGGAGAGGCAGGUGGAGGUCAUGGAAGUCCACUGCUGGGGCCUCAGGGACGGCGUCAAGAUACAGAUUGAGGGCUUUGUCGAAGACGGCAAGCUCAUCAAGAACUUCCAUACCUUUACACGAGACGAAAGGGAGAUUGUCCGCGGCGAAGUCAAGACUACAGGCAUGGCGCAAGCUGUGCAGGAGGUUAUGUACAAGAACGGCUGGGGCAGCUCGAAGAGCGUGCAAGGAUCCAAGAAUACUAGUAGAACGUCCUUGGACAAAGAGCCGACGCCAGACAACAUCGACGGUGCAACUGCGUCGAAGCGAAACUCGCAAGAAAGCUUACCCUUGGGCACCGGUGACGUCGUCUUUCGCCCUAAAACGCGCGUCGUACUCCCUACCAGCGACAUCAACAUCGACGUCGAACGUCGCAACAAUGCCGCCUUCGAUCUGACAAUGGUCACAGCGGUCGCGCACGUGUGGUUCAACACCUUCUUUGAGGGCAACGGUCCCGAGCAGAUGGGCAAGGCAGAUGAGUCUGGCAUGUUCCAAAUCGAAUGGGACGCCAUGGAUGGCAUCAAAGGCUCGUCGCGCAAGGGCACGCAGGCGUUCGAGCGAAUCGCCGUAGUAUGGCGAGCACUCUCUGCCGAGGAAGGGCGACCUGGCGUGAUCAUUACGGAGCCACGAGAGGGCGAGGAAGUGCCGCAAUCCAAGCCCGCUGACUGGAAAGGUGCGAAAGGCGUUGAGCCGAGCGAAAGCAAAGAUCUGGGUCUUCGCACUGCAAGCCCCGAAAACUCCGAGUCGAACCUUAGCAAGGCGAACAGUGUCAGAAGCCAGAACGACAAGAAACCGAACAUCGUUUCAGCCACAGGUAGGAAGGACAGCGGCGACAGCGAUACUGCAGUUGUUCGUCCACAUGGUCCAAAUGGCGAGGAGGUGGUCCAAGAGCCCAUGAGUGCCAGGACCAGUACCGACGCACGCGGAACUGGAGGCGGGCCGCAAGCGACCGCUUCGGAACCCCUGCUGCCAAGCCAGUCUGAUGGCACGGUUGACACUAAUGUCGACGCAAGAUCGCGCGAACAAGCUGCCGGGUCGCACAAGAGCGAAGGUCCUAUCCAGGCCCUCAAAUAUCACGUCUCGGGUGCCGCAUCUACCAAUGAUCUACCCGAUGGUCGCCCAGAAUCCGAAAUGAAGACCAUCAAGGAGCAUACGCUAGGACACCUGGCGAAGAAGAAGCACAACUCAUAG